GCCUUUCGUGCCUUGCUGCCCUUGUGCCCUUCUUCUUUUGACUCGACUUCCUUUCUCCAUUCUGCUCCAUGCGACGAGGCGUCACACUCAACCAGGCUCAGGCAGUGGGGUGCUCGUGUGGAUGUCAGAUGUACAGUUUACUUUCCGCCUUUCCACUCCUUCUGCUUCCAACACCAUCACCUCCUCCGAUCCCAUCUCGCCAUCUCCCACCCUGGACAAGGCACACUGCUUGUGUGAGCAACCCAUAAGCGAAUCCUGCGACCCGAUCAUGUCGGUCACCAUCAUUCGUGCUUUGCAUACACUCCUUUCUGCCACUGCUGAUCGCUGUUGGCCUGAAUCCUCUUCCGCAUCCUUUGCUUCCUCACACCCUGAUCGACCUUGAUUGCUCAUAUGGCGCGACCUGCCUCUUGCUAGGCUUCAAUACUUCCUCUCCUCGACCUUGGCCUCCUUCAAUCUGAAAACGCCCCGCCAGAAAUCCUGUCCUUACCGCUGCCAAUAAGAGACCCUCUUCGAUUCUCGGAAAUCUUUGUACGACCAUCCAAGUCUGUCACAUGCACAUAUACACAUCCCCCUCCACAACUAUUAUCUUCCAGAGAGGUCCACCCCUGCAGUACCGUCUCCAGCAUCCAUCGUUCAUUCCUCCGUAAGUUCAGUCAAACAAACGGAUCAUACGUCAGCUAAAAGGGCCGGCAAUCACUGGAUCCACCGACUUGAGAAUCAGGUCACCAUAUUGCCACCGUCGAACAUAUUCACAGACGUACUGCUCCUUUGGGGGUUGGGCCCGAGGCCAUCUGAACCCGUCCUGGCUCUCUCAGAUGUCCUAGUGACAGGGGAAACAAAACCAUGAAUAUCUCUCGGCCUCCCUCCCAGGACAUGGUAUCAAUGUCACGGAGGGAUGAGGCUUCCCUCUCUCCUCGCUUUACUCGACGCCGCUCGAAUUCACGCUCCUCGUCGGAUGGUUCUUUGCGUCUUGGACGUGCCAUGUCCAUACCUGGUCUACGAUUCGAGGAUGCUCCUCCUCCUCUACCCCCUCCUCGAUUUAACGAAGAGUUGGCCCAAGGCAUCGACGUCGCUUGGGCAUGGGCCAACACGAACCCAUUCGAUCAUAGUCAAAAAUCCUUACCGCCUAUUCGCCCGGGCUCUAGCCUCUACAGCGACUCUCAACCUCCAUACUCAACCUAUCCGCCGACACAAGAGCCCUCACCAGUAUUUUCGUUCGACAACAUCGAGCGACGCAGAGUGGCCGAGCCAUUUGCCACACAAGUUGAAACACCAGCCUCGCAUGGUCAUUCUAGACAGCUACCCUCACUGUCAGGGAAUCAUUCUUCACCUUCUCAUAUAGCCCAACGCUUACACGGCGACACUCCUUUGGCGCACGAAAACAAUGCACGCAUUUCCCAGGCGUACGAUCAAAGCCUUCUGUCCAAAAUUGGAAAGCAGCAGCCGUCCCCCAGCUCUGACCGGUCAAACUCCGCAGACCCCUCCCACCCGUUCACUAGGCUAUCUCUGCGGAUCAAGGAACCCAAUGCUCUGCAUUUGUCCCCUACUGACCUCCCAUCUGCCUCUUUGGACCCUGGGAGCAAAUGGAUUGCCAGCCCGGCAUCUGCUGCCCUUUCUCCUGCAUCGCGGCAGAACUGGCGCGACUAUGUCGACCAUGGGCUCUCUUCGGGAGAUGCUGUCACUCCCCCUCUCGCUAUAGACCCUGACCUAUUUGUCCCGCAACGGCGGGCUCUGGGAGCCUCCACCGGUGGCUCCGUUGCGGAUAGUGAUAUCAUUCCAAAUCCAAUGGACGAAUCACAACGCGACAGUUAUGAGCACAGCAUCUUUGCAGAUGCAGACAUGGAAAUCGCUAAUGUCGACGGCCAUGGUUUUCGCAGUCUGACUUUACCCGACUCGCAACAGCAAGCGGGGCGGCCAUUGUCAAAGCAGGGUCUCAAGCGGCGUGCUCGUUCCCCGCCAUCCGACAUGCUUCAUGAUGAUAAGACUCCUCCGUCGAGCUCUCUCAUGGCUGACAUGCUUCCACUUGCCAACACUUCGUCAUUACCACACUCGCCAACUGUCAGACACCAGGUCAAGUAUGGAUCAGUGUCCUCUACCUCUUCCAGUGUGAGGCAUAAUUCCUAUGCAUCGCCGGUUGCUCCUUCAGUCGCAGGUAGCUCUAUGACUAGCAUAUCAUCACUUGAGCGCCAGUCUCCUCUCGACCCUGUGCAGUCGACAUAUCUGGCCUCGGCACAUCUGAUCGCUAGCCCUGUAGCUUCGGCUGCUCCUGCUCGCAAUUUACUGUCUCAUUCAUCGCACCAGUCCCCAACAGAAGCAACAUCCCCUGGCCGCACCAUGUCGAGCCACCCCAAUACCGCAGAAAGUCGACAUACUUCUGCCAAACGGUUUGGAAAUCAUUUCAUGUGUGAAUGCUGCCCCAAAAAACCCAAAAAGUUUGACACAGAAGAGGACUUGAGAUCCCACCAAAUGGAGAAACAGUACACCUGCCAGUAUUGCAACAAUCGUUUCAAAAACAAAAACGAAGCCGAGCGUCAUCAAAAUUCUCUGCACUUACGACGCCAAUCCUGGUCUUGUGCAGCAAUUUCCAACUAUCAGGCAAUAUUUCACCCUGCGCAGCCGUCCACCAAUCUUGAACGCGAUACCUCUCCCACCGACGCCUGUGGAUUCUGCGGUGAGGAAUUUGCUAAUCUACCGACACCUGAUUGGAACCACAGAAUUGAACACCUUACCACCGUGCACAAAUUUGGAGAAUGCAACCAGGCAAAACGAUUUUAUAGAGCAGAUCACUUCAGACAGCACCUCAAGCAUAGCCAUGCCGGUCAGAGCGGGAAAUGGACCAACAUUCUCGAGGCCACCUGUCUAAGGACGAAACAAGAUCCCGCGACGUUCUCUCCCGUGGGUAGUGAUUCAAGCCCAGGGCGGGGUUUCAGCAGUCUUCCUGACCAUCCAAUGGACGGCAUACGUGAAGCCAACGACGAAACCUGAACGGCAGGAACUCAUUACAGACUCAUUCAGUUACCGUCGCCCCAUGCCGGCUCAACAAGCCACGUGUUGCAUGGUAGCCGUCUGCACGCGACCGUCAUAUAUGCCCUUCUUGACCGGGCCAUGUAGAGUCUCGAGGGGAGACUCACCACGUUCAUACGUCCAUAUUGGGAGCGCACAUUGGUCAUUUCGACUUUCGUUCACAUCCAAUUGAACAUUCGUUGGAGAGUCGGGCAGUUGCGGCCGCAAAACUUUAUGCAUCGCUGUCCUUCAAUCCCUGGAUUGACUACGAAUGAGCAUCGAGUCAACGCCGCAGAAAGCGACUCCUAGGCACCAUCUACUGCAAGUAAGACCCGCAAAGUCUUUCAGACCACCCUUUUGAGGUCUGAUGUCUGGAUUGUGCGUUUAAGUCACUACGCUUUUUUGGCACAAUUCGAGUUUCCUGACCUCCACUGACCAGGGCUCGUCAAACGCCUGGCAGGCUUUUGAUUGCAGUUCACCUCUUCUGUAGCAACAAGCUCAUGUCACACUCGAGUGGCUCCAGGAUUGGCUUCGUCGCUGCCUGUCACGGAUCAAACCGAGUGGGGAAACUCGUUCUGUUGUAUGUGCUUACCCUGCCGAGAAGGUCUGCCGCAAGGAAAAGUGGAAAGGCUAUCCGAACUGUGGGAUUGCGGGCAUUGUAUGGUCGACAAGAGAUCUAUCAAGUCUGGGAUUAGACUCCUUCGCUGAUUCGAGCGCUUUCGGGGACACCGCCUUUGCAUGACGCUUGCGAGCUCUCGUGCAGUCUGAGAAUCAGACGAGUACACAAAGCCUAUUGCAUGGCGCCACGCAUGGCGCCCUGUUGGGAUGAGAUCAUUUUUGAAUACAUGUUGAACUAUGAUGGCCAUGAUUGGUUCUGCAGGCAUAGGCGGCAUGGCCGACGUACAGUCGGUCGCAAAAAGCAACCAUGUUUCUUGAGGAUCACAGUACUUCCUUGUCCUCACAGCGCCAAACUCGACUCGGUAUUUUUUCAAAGAGGGGCGCCCUUAGUGCUUACUCUGUACAGUCGGAAAGCGAAUUUCUUGCGCCUUUCCAGAUAUGGCCCACACAAAUCAUACCCUUUAUCGACCGUUUCAGAUUGACUUUUUCGUCCCGUCCAGGAGCGAAUCUCGGCUUAUAUUGGUCGAUCAGUCGUGGUAGUGGACCCCGGACGCUCGGGAGACAAACAGUCGCCGGAGAGGGUCGUGAAGCCAACGAUAAGUCAUCAAUGAAACACUACCAAACGUUACCACCACUCAAAGGCCCCUCGGCCUGGUUUCUCAACCCUGAAUCGAACAAGCGAAUAUACACGGAAAACAUUACAAAGAGGGGGUAUUGUGAUUGACCAGGCUUUACGAUUUGCAACAUCAUGUCUGACACCGCUGCUAGGAUGAUCCUCUAUGGACGACAUGGGUAUGUAAUAUUUAGCCUAGAUGCCAUGCUUGUUUUGCUGGACAUUCAUACCCCGCCUCGGAACGAGGGUUAUAUGUUUGCAUGCUUUUGGUUCGACCUUGUUUUGAACGAGAGGGUUUUGUAGAAGUACCGCCUUUGUUCUAGGCACUUUGACAAAGAGAAGUCCUUGUCUAUGUGGACGGCAUGACAAGGAAGACAGCGGACCGUUCGUAGGGCCUUGCUUCGCAUGCAAGGCCGGCACUGACAACGUCGAGACGAGCAUCAUAGAACGUCUCCACCAAUGUCCCAUAUAAGAAAAAGCCUGUCCUCCG